UGCAGUCGCAGAACACUCGGGUACUGGCUCCUCUUUGUGUCUCUCCCUCCCUCUCCCCCCUCCGUUUUCUCACCCCUGAGGUCAGAUACCUCUCUGAGAUCCUCCUGGGUGCUCUGUGAAGGGCAAUGAGGGGGUGAGGAGUGGGGGGACACGGAUGACAGCACCUAAGGCAGCCGUGCGGGCAGCUGGAGCCAGGCACCGUCUUCAUCCCGGGUCGGUGUGCGAUCUGACCCCCCCCCCCCAUCUGCCCCGGGUGCUCUGCGGGCAAGCAGAGGGCAGGGCCUCUCCGGGGAUGGUCUCCACGGAGGGGACAGUCCUGCGGCGGCUCCGCCUGCCCACGCAGGGCUAUAAGGAAGGAGGAGGAGGAUGCUCCAGGCACCGGACUGGAGAGCCGAGGGCAGCCGGGCCCUGGGGAACGGCGCCAUGGCUCAGCCCAAGGGCACAGUGGUCCUUGCCUACAGCGGGGGCCUCGACACCUCCUGCAUCCUGGUGUGGCUGAAGGAGCAGGGCUACGAUGUCAUCACCUACCUGGCCAACAUUGGGCAGAAGGAAGAUUUUGAGGCAGCACGGAAGAAAGCACUGUCACUGGGGGCUAAGAAGGUUUUCAUUGAGGACAUCAGCAGGGAGUUUGUGGAGGAGUUCAUCUGGCCAGCAGUGCAGGCCAACGCUCUCUACGAGGACCGGUACCUGCUGGGCACGGCGCUGGCACGACCCUGCAUCGCCCGCAAGCUGGUGGAGAUUGCCCAGAGGGAGGGAGCCCAGUAUGUGGCCCACGGGGCCACUGGCAAGGGCAACGAUCAGGUUCGGUUCGAGCUCACCUGCUACGCCCUGUGUCCUAACAUCAAGGUCAUCGCACCAUGGAGGCUGCCAGAGUUUUACCAGCGCUUUCCUGGGCGCCGCGAGCUGAUGGAUUAUGCCAAGAAACAUGGGAUCCCAGUGCCUGUGACACCCCAGACACCCUGGAGCAUGGAUGAAAACCUCAUGCACAUCAGCUAUGAAGCUGGGAUCCUGGAGAACCCCAAGAAUCAGGCCCCCCCUGGGCUCUACACGAAGACCUGUGAUCCGGCCAAUUCUCCCAACACCCCAGAUGUGCUGGAAAUCGAGUUUGAGCAGGGUGUCCCCGUGAAGGUCACCAAUGCUGGGGAUGGAGCCACUCAUUGCUCGGCCCUGGAACUCUUCGUCUACUUGAAUGACAUUGCGGGCAAGCACGGCGUGGGGCGCAUCGACAUUGUGGAGAACCGCUUCGUCGGGAUGAAGUCCAGAGGUAUCUAUGAGACCCCAGCGGGAACGAUCCUAUACCAUGCACAUUUAGAUAUUGAGGCCUUCACCAUGGACCGGGAAGUACGGAAAAUCAAGCAGGGACUCGCCUUGAAAUUCUCCGAGCUGGUGUACAACGGCUUCUGGCACAGCCCCGAGUGCGAGUUCCUGCGGCAAUGCAUCCGGCGCUCCCAGGAGCCCGUGGUGGGCACCGUGCGCCUCUCUGUCCUCAAGGGCCAGGUCUACAUCCUGGGCAGGGAGUCCCCACGGUCCCUGUACAACGAGGAGCUGGUCAGCAUGAACGUGCAAGGGGACUACGAACCUGCUGAUGCCACUGGCUUCAUCAACAUCAACUCCUUGAGGCUGAAGGAAUAUCAUCGUCUCCAGAGCAAGGUCACCGUAAAGCAGGAUGAAUAGCAAUCAAUCCCACGCCCAGGCCUCCUGCUCCCCUUUCGAAUUUCUCUUAAGAACUCGCACUAAUUGAGGUGGUAAUUUGUAAUUGUAACUCGUCUUCCCUCCUCCUCCCCCCCCCCCCCACCUUCCUCCCAACCCGGAGUCACGGGCGGAGGUGAUGGCUUUGUUACAGGGUGGGGGGUGAAAUGCAAUCAUUAAAAAAAAACAAAAAUACAGAAGGGAAGAAAAAGGAAAAGAGGGGAAAAAAAGGGAAAAAAAAAAAAAAAAAAAAAGCUGGUCGGCCCGUGGAGAAGUGGGGAAGGAAAUAAACCCCCCCAGCCACGCGCUGGGGCUGCUCAUUGAGAGCUGGGCUUUA